GAAAGGAUACAUACCUGAUUAAAAAUUGGUACAGAAUUUCGCACAGAUAAGCAAGUGGAGUUGCAUAUAAGGCACAGAUUGCCUGCCACAACCCCUGACAUCUGUAAAAUAAAAUUUGAUGAAACACGAACCGACCAGAACUUUCCUUCUCCCUUAAAAAAUGAAGUGGCAACAUUGCAAGAAUUAUCCAGGAAUUUCCUCAACCAGGUUACACAACCAAUCAAGGACCGUUGUUGACACAUCGAUUGAUGGCUGUCACUUGGUCAUAAACAUAACCUGACUUUAUUUAUAUUAUGGUUUGCUUUUUCUUUAAAAAAUAAAACAUUUUAUUACUUUAUUAUAACCAUUCUUAAUUAUCUAUUUUCUUCAAAUAUGAGCGUUAUUAACCAAAAAGAAUACCUAAAAAAAUAUUUAGGCAUCGGCAAGGGAUCCGGGGAAAAGAAAAAGAAGAAAAAAUCGAAACAAACUCCGGGACAAGGCAAAGGGCUUAAAAUUGUGGACGAUGAUAUAGAUGUAAACCUAAAUGAGGAAAUCAAAGUGGAUCUAGCAGGGGAUAAUGAAGAUGCUCCCCAGAUAGUGUCUGUGAUAGACGAGAGACCCCCUUCCCUAAGAAUAGAUGAAAAAACCCAAAGCAAAUUGUGGCUACCUCUUGGUGCAUCUGAGGAAGCUAGUGUUGACAAAAAUAUUACUUUGGGAGGGAGCUUUAAGAUAACCGCAAAUACAACUAAUAAGGUUUUAAAACAGGAAAGUCAUAAAAGCAAAUCAUCAAUAAUGCAGACUAAAGAUCAUUCACCUAAAAGUCAUGUAAAAAUUAAAAAAGAACCGAUUGAUUCAUAUUCUUCUGAGAGAAAAAGGGAAUCAAGUGAUGAUAAUUCACCUCCUAGGAGAAGACAAGAUAAGUUAGCAGAAGAUAUGUCUCCUCCAAGAAGAUCCAGGCAUUCACCACCAACGAAAUCUAAAAAUGAUUUUGACUCUAGAAAAAUAAAAGAAGAUAAUUUAAAAAUUAAAAAAGAACCAAUUGAUUCAUAUUCUCCUGGAAGAAGAAAGGAAUCAGGUGAUGAUAAUUCACCUCCUAGAAGAAGGCAAGAUAAGUCAAGAGAGGAUAUGUCUCCUCCAAGAAGAUCACGGCCUUCACCACCAACAAAAUCUAAAAAUGAUUUUGAAUCUAGAAGAAUAAGAGAAAAUAAUUCAAAAAUUAAAAAAGAACCAAUUGAUUCAUAUUCUCCUAAAAGAAGAAGAAAAUCAAGCGAUGAUAAUUCACCACCUAGAAGAAGGCAAGAAAAAUCCGCAGAGGAUAUGUCUCCCCCAAGAAAAUCCAGGCAUUCACCACCAAGAAAAAACAAUUUUGAUUCUAGAAAAAUAAGAGAAGAUAAUUCCCCACCUAGGAAAAAAAAAUCUAGAUGGGGAGCAGACUCAGAAGAGGAAAAUCACAAAAUGCAAAAAACCCUAGAUGGUAAAAGGGCAGGUCUACAAAAUGCCACAGAUUUGGCUCAAGAAACUCUUGCUCUAAAACAAAGGGAAGAUGCCCUAUUUAAGAAUCUGAGUGCAGAAGUAUCAGGAGCUAAUGCAGCAACAAUAGUAAGAGGUAAAAAGAAAGAAGUUGAUUGGGAGGAGGAAGAAAAAAGAAGGAAAAAGGAAGCAGAGAACAAAGAAAAAUAUGAAAGAUGGGGCAAGGGGUUGAAGCAAGUGGAAGAUGUAAAUGAAAAAAUCCAAAGUGACUUGCAUGAAAUGAGCAAGCCUUUGGCUAGAUAUGCUGACGAUGAAGACCUGGAAAAAUACCUUAAGGAUCAAGAAAGAGAAGGAGAUCCCAUGCUGGCUUAUCUCAGACAGAAGAAGAGGAAAAAAGACAUUGAAGAGGGCAAACCUAUGAAGCAAAAAUAUCAAGGCGAUGCACCACCAAACCGGUUUGGCAUUUGGCCAGGCUAUAGAUGGGAUGGAGUGGACAGAUCAAAUGGAUAUGAAAAACAAUGGUUCCAAGUUCAGAAUUCCAAAAAAGCUAGCAUUGAGGAAACAUAUAAAUGGAGUACAGAGGAUAUGUAAUUAAAAUAUGAUGUACAGAUAUUGUUAAUUAAAUAUAGGUGAAAAUAAUUAUAUUCAUUGUAUGUUUUUUUUAAAUUAUUUUUACUGUCAUCUAAGUGAAUUAUUAUAAAUUGUACCAAAUAAAAA